UCUUCUUCUCGACAGGCAGCUGUCACACAAACACAUUAUGUCUGUUAUCAGUCUGUCUGUUCUUCUGAUCGGUCUGCUGUCUGUCGGCUCUGCCUGUUAUAUCUCCAACUGUCCAAUAGGAGGCAAAAGAUCACUUACAGAACUUACGUCACACAAGUGUAUGACGUGUGGUCCUGGGAAUAAAGGCCGAUGUUUUGGUCCCAGUAUCUGCUGUGGAGCCGGUCUGGGUUGUCUGGUGGGUUCUCCGGAGACUCUGAUCUGUAUGGAGGAGAAUUAUCUGUCCAGUCCCUGUGAGACCGGCGGGAGUUCCUGUGGAUCUGAAGGUGGACGCUGCGCUGCUCCGGGGAUCUGCUGUGAUUCACAGAGCUGCAGCGCUGAUCAGUCCUGUUUGACUGAAGAUAAGUCUGAUCAAGAGAACUCUGAUGAAAACAUCUUGAUGAGGUUCCUACACCUUCACACGGCCAGCAGAACCCAUUGAUGAGAACCCAUAACAGCCUGUCAAUAAAUCAAUCAAUGAGAAGAGCUCUCUCUCUCUCUUUCAUCCAGUCUUAUGCAUCCGCCUUCACAUCUCUUCAUAUCUAAUGAUGAUGUUCUCUAUUCAGUGCACAGAAAAAAGGUUUAGUUAUACUGACUGUAGAUGAAUGGAGAUCAAGUUGAAUAAAUCUAGAGAAUGAACCCAGUUGUGUCUCAAUUCUGUCUGUUUCAGAGCUAGCACAUGACAUCAUGUGCUUGUAUUAAAAAAAGAUAAGAUAUGCAAAACACAAUCUAUAAGGCAAAGGUUAAGAGAUGAUUUAGUGUUGAAGGUUAUCUGUUCUGUGUGCUGUGAAGUUUCAGCAGGUGAGAGUUAAUGCAGAGGCUGCAGAGAUUAACCAAAAAUGGAAAAACUGAUGUUUGAUUA